AUGAACCUUUCUAUUUUUUUAAUUAUUACUUUCAUAGUUGUAAAGGGGAAUAUAAUCACGUUACCCUUAUAUGGAAAUGUAUACAAAUAUGGUUAUUACUUUAUUAAAAUUAGCGUGGGAUUGCCACUUAGACAGCAGCAGACACUUAUUGUAGAUACAGGAAGUUCUCUAACUGGAUUUGCAUGUGUAGAUUGUAUUAACUGUGGAACCCAUGAAAAUGAACCAUUCAAUAUCAAUUUGUCGACGACUAGUAAUAUUAUUGAAUGCAAAAAAGAUAGUAUUUUAAUAAAUGAAAAAGAUAUCAAAAAUAAAGAUAAUUAUGUUAGAACCAAUAAGAAUUACCAAAAUUACAUCCAGAAUUUUUUGGAAAAUAAAUGUAUUUACGAUAUUAAAUAUUCAGAAGGAAGCCAUAUAUUUGGAUACUUUUUUGAAGAUUUUGUCGAAUUUGAAAACGGAUUAUCAUCUAAAUUAGGAAUUAAAAGAAAAUUUGAUGAAAAAUUUGUUUUUGGCUGCAAUAUAAUUGAAGAUAGCCUUUUCAAGCAUCAAAAAGCGUCUGGUAUAUUAGGGCUUGCUAACUAUAGUAACAUUGGAGGAAUGAAUCAAAUAAUUAACUUUAUUUUUCAAAGCAAUGAAGUAAGAGGAAUUUAUCCUGAGAAAAUUAUUUCAAUUUUUUUUGAGGCAAAUGGAGGAAAGUUAACUUUUGGAUCUACUUAUUUUGAUCAAAUUAAUAUUUGGGAUAAACAAUUCGAAAUUUAUAAUGUAACAAGGUGUGUUGAUGAUGAAAGAUACUGUGCUUAUAUAAGUAAAAUUGAAGUAGAUUCAGUUAUCCGUAAAGAAUAUACUGCAACAAAGGGAAAUACGUUUAAGGCUAUUUUCGAUACAGGAACUACAAUUUCAAUUUUCCCAGCUAAAUUAUUCAAAAAUAUUACAAGAAGUUUAUUUAAUACAGUUUCCAGAUACUAUCCAAAAAUUUCUGGAUAUGAUGAAAAAGACGGUCUUAUAUGUUGGAAAAUACUGAAUGAAAUUUCAAUUGAUAUAUUUCCCGAUAUUAAAGUUAUGUUUAAAAAUAAUCACAAUCAGUUUACAGAGCAAUUCGUAAUCAACUGGUCUCCAAAGUCAUAUUUGUACUUAAAUAAAAUUUUAGAAAGCAAUAGCAAAGUUUAUUGUUUAGGAAUAGCAAGUAAUAACUUGUUAAAUUUAAAAACACGAGAUUUGAAUAAUGGUGGGGAAAAUCCUUCAAAUAUUAAUGAAAUAGUUCUUGGUGCUACUUUUUUUAUUUACAAGGAAAUCACUUUUUUCUUAAGUGAAAAUAAAAUUAUGAUAAGAGAUAACUAUUCAAAUAUAAACAAUAAAAAUAAUAUUGUACCGAGUAUGAAUUUUUUCCGGAACAAAAAUAUCGGCUUAAAUUCAAAUGAAGGUCGAAAUUAUGAUGAAAGAAAAAUAAUUAAUAUUCACAAAAGAUAUAAAAAUAGCAAUAUAUUCACCAGAAGAGUAAUCAAAAGAUAUAAGGCUCUAAGAUACAAAAAUGAAUUUUGGGGAGUUUUAAUUUCUUUAUCUCUAAUAACAAUUGUUUUACUUUCAACUUUUACAAUUUACCAGAAGCUCUUGAGGAAAUUUAAGUUAUUCGAAGAAAAUAGUUUUAAUCUCAGGCAAUAUGUUAGUUUACAGUAUUAA